GCUGAGCUGUCAAAAUUGGGACUCUCCCGCAAAACAAAUGGACAAUUGGGAGAUCUUCUUCUACGAGGACAAGAACUUCCAAGGCCGCAGCUAUGAGUGUAACUCAGACUGUUCUGACCUGUCCUCUUAUUUCAAUCACUGCAACUCCAUCAGGGUGGAGAGUGGCAACUGGAUCCUGUAUGAGCAGCCCAGUUACAGGGGACACCAGUAUUACCUCUGGAAAGGAGAAUACCCAGACUUCCAGAGAUGGAUGGGUUUCAACGACUCCAUCAGGUCCUGCCGCAUGAGUCCUUAUCACCAAGGGCAAUAUAAAAUGAGAAUCUACGAGAGAGGAGACUUCCAAGGGCAGAAUAUGGAGUUCUUUGAGGACUGCCCCAAUACAUAUGAUCGAUUCCGUUUCCGUGACAUUCACUCCUGCAAUGUGUUUGAUGGCAACUGGAUGUUCUAUGAGGAACCCAACUACAGGGGGCGUCAGUACUACCUGAGACCUGGAGAAUACAGGAGAUACAGUGACUGGGGAGCCUCCAGCGCCAGAAUUGGUUCUUUCAGAAGAGUUCAUCACAUGUUUUAAUUCACUUUAUCAUGCAUAAAAUUUGAAAUAUGUUUACAUUUGAAUAAAUCUGAUGAUGCCAAAAGUUUA